GUGAAUUUCCCGUGACGCAUAGGGUGGCGUUGCAAGCGCUCUCGUGAUCAAGAUGGCUGCAGAGUACGGUUCAGGUGUGAAAAGCGAUGCAACAGCGCAGCCAUCAACAAAUGUCCAACAGAGCACAAGCCGGGCAUUUCUCAUCCUCGUCAUGAUCUUUGUUGUCUCUCUACUAUGCCUUUUUCUAGUAUACCUAAAUUUCCCUCACUUAGAACCCUCGGAAAAGAAGCACAUGAAAUUGCCGAGGGAUAUAGAAGAUGCAAAGGGUCUGGGACAAGUUCUCAAUCGAUAUACUGACAAAUAUUUCUUGACGGUUACUUCUGGAUUCUUCGUUACCUACAUAUUCUUGCAAUCUUUUGCCAUCCCGGGUUCCAUAUUUCUCAGCAUUCUCUCAGGGUUUUUGUUUCCCUUUCCUAUGGCACUGUUCCUGGUGUGCCUUUGCUCCUCAAUGGGUGCCUCCUUCUGCUACUUCUUCUCGUACCUGGUGGGAAGACGACUUGUACUCAAAUACUUCCCUACGAGAGCCCUGCAGUGGUCCGAGCAGGUCGGCCAGCAUCGCGACCAUCUCCUAAACUACAUGAUCUUCUUGCGCAUCACACCUUUCCUACCCAACUGGUUCAUCAAUAUCACAGCGCCUGUCAUUGAUGUACCCAUAACACCAUUCUUCGUGGGAACAUUUCUCGGUGUUGCACCGCCAUCCUUUGUAGCCAUCCAAGCUGGAACGACCUUGCAGAAAUUGAGUUCAUCUGGGGAUGCUGUGUCGUGGUGGUCUGUCUCACUGCUAGCAGCUUUUGCAGUCCUGUCUCUCCUUCCAGUCAUUUUCAAAGGCAAACUAAAAAGGAAAGUUCUUUAAUGCCCAAUUCUGAAGCAAGCUGGUAUGCUUUCACGUGGAGAUGAGGACUUUCUACGGUGCACACUGUGACAUGUACAUACUUUGCUCGUGCAGGAUUGUGUGUUUGUUAACUUCAUUUUUCAACGUGUGACUCGCAUAUUAUAUGUGUCAUUAUCUCGGCUUUGUCUUGCCUGCAUCGAAGAAAAGCGGCCAUUUUGUUUGAAUGUUACUACGAUGUCACGCUUUCCAACUUGGGAAACCGUUGAGAGGAAUUCCAGGCAGGAUCUCAUCUUGCUGCUCCAAAAUUCAAGUUUCUCACGUGUUUCAAGACUUAACAGGGAGUGAAUGUUUGGCAAAGUGUUCAGGCAAAAGUUUUUUCUUCUCCUUUACAAGAAAUACAAGUGCAUGUGCACUUGCUUGCAUCUGACUGCUUAAUUGCCAAAGCACUAAAGACCUACGCUGGAAGAAAUGAUACGAGUAUAAAUUUUGACCAUACUUUAUGUUCAUAUUGUUGUAAUAUGCUUAGAAACUGACUCGCAAGAACUUGAAAACAUAUACUUUUUCACCCGGUAAGCGAAAAUUACACUUUUUGCAUCUUUUAAUCUACAUGUUGAUGCUGCUCCUCAGCCUACAGCGGGUUAACGGCAAAGAGAGGCAAAUAAAAAAGCCAAUGCAGGAAAUUCAGCGGUGAAGCCUUCUUUAAUAUACGCCAGCUUUCAUGAAAGAAGGCUUCACUGUUGAAUUUCCUGCAUACCCUACAGCAGGUUCAAAGACUAUUUACCAAAUCAAUUUUGUGGGACGACGAGUGUACUUGCAUUGCUGAAUUUUGUUCUCCAUGCAUUUGAAGAUUCGACUGCAUUUCCUAAAUGUACACUAAAAAUUUUUGUGCCCUUUUGCUCCAGUGACAUUAGUUAGUGGAUUGGUAAACAAGGUUGAUUGACUUAACCAGGACACCCCAUAAUGCCCUAUGUUGUAUCCUUUUUAAAAAAACAAGUAUUUCGGUAUAUGUUUUUGUACUUUGUUCUCUUUAUUGUUCCAGUACAUUUUUGUACAAUGUGCAGAGUUUGGAACAUUCCACUUCUUGACCUCUGGUUGUGUAACAUCAGUAUUUCAACACUUUCUUUUCGUAUACAUUGUUCUACUUUUACAAGCUAGUCAUGCAACUAACACACAUUUGUUUCUAGUUCUACCUUGUACAGUAUGGUUUGCAAUUUGUGAAAAUAGUAAUUUUUUUUUCCUUCGUGAAAUGCAUUACAGCAUGUCUCUGAUGCAAAGCUUAAUGUUUAGCAUUAUGGUGCACUACAAAUAAACAGACAGAAACAUGGA